UCAAUGCGUCUCCAAGUGCGCACGACCCGUCUGCAGCAGCGCUCGCUCUACAGACCGCCUGCCAGGCAUCUGGAAACUCUGCGUUCAUUUCUGGAACCACCGCUUUCCACUCAGUCACCCCCCAACAGGUGGAUUAAGUCGAAUCGGACAUGGGCAUUGGUGGAAAUUAACCCCAGGGGGUAAAGUGGAGGUGUUGCAGAACUAGGUCUGUUCUACCCUGGAAAUUCGUGAACUCGUGUUUUUUUUAAAUUCUUUCUUUCUUUUUCUCUUUAUACCGGGAUUUUUUUUCUUCUUGUUGUUUUGCGCGGUGAGAUGAUGCGGUGUUUUGACGCGCAUUAAGACCGAGUGGAAAUGAAAACGCACGGAAUCAGGAUGUAUUCAGAAGUGCGGCGAAGUGACAAAAAAACAACAGUGGAGGGUGCAGACUGAAGCAGAUUAACAGAAUAAAGACAAACUGGCUUCUGAGGACACUAACAUAUCAUCAAGGAGGCGCUUCUCAUAAAUCCGUCGCACAUCUGCUCUGAAUUUGAGAAGUUGAGAUAGACAUUUUUUUAUGCUGCUCUCCAAAGGAAGCAACCUUGAUCUUCGUGGACGAUGUUCAACAGCCCAAAGUGUGAAGUCCCUCAGCCUGGCAGCAGCUGUAGCAGUGUUAGUAGGGUGCCAGUAAGCUGAAUCCUUGGGAGAUGUCACAGCUGUAUUACCGGAGGACUGACAGCUCUUCAUACCGGGACCGCAUCCCGUUACGAAUUGUGCGGGCUGAGUCGGAGCUGUCGCCUUUAGAAAAAGCCUACCUCGGAGCUGUGGAGAAGGGAGACUACGCCAGUGUCAAACAAGCCCUGGAGGAGGCAGAGAUCUACUUUAAGAUCAACAUCAACUGCAUCGAUCCCCUUGGCCGCACGGCUCUGCUCAUUGCCAUUGAGAAUGAGAAUUUGGAAAUCAUUGAGCUUUUGCUGAGCUUCAGUGUCUACGUUGGUGAUGCCCUGCUUCACGCUAUCCGCAAGGAAGUGGUGGGAGCCGUGGAGCUGCUGCUGAAUCAUAAGAAGUCAAGUGGAGGCAUGCAGGUUCCCCCUAUCUUAUUGGACAAGCAGUUUUCUGACUUCACCCCUGACAUCACUCCCAUCAUUCUUGCUGCACACACCAAUAACUAUGAAAUUAUCAAGCUUCUGGUGCAGAAAGGCGUGUCUAUGCCACAGCCACAUGAGGUGCGCUGCAACUGUGUGGAGUGUGUGUCUAGUUCAGAUGUGGACAGCCUCCGGCACUCUCGGUCUCGUCUCAACAUCUACAAAGCGCUUUCGAGUCCCUCUCUAAUUGCCCUCUCCAGCGAAGAUCCCUUUCUCACUGCAUUCAGGCUCAGCUGGGAGCUGCAGGAGCUCAGCAAGGUGGAGAAUGAGUUCAAAUCUGAGUAUGAGGAGCUGUCUCAGCAGUGUAAACAGUUUGCUAAAGACCUCCUGGACCAAACAAGGAGCUCCAGAGAGCUGGAAAUGAUCCUGAACUAUAGAGACGAUGCCAACUUACUGGAAGAGGAAGGCAAUAAUGACCUUGCAAGACUCAAACUAGCAAUCAAGUACCAUCAAAAAGAGUUUGUGGCUCAGCCAAACUGUCAGCAGCUCCUGGCCUCGAGGUGGUACGAUGAGUUUCCUGGGUGGAGGCGGCGCCAGUGGGCAGGAAAAUUUAUCACCUGUGUCUUUAUUGGCCUCCUCUAUCCUGUUUUUGCCCUUUGUUACCUCAUCGUACCCAAGAGUCGCUAUGGCCUCUUCAUCCGCAAGCCCUUCAUCAAGUUUAUCUGCCACACUGCAUCGUACCUGACCUUUCUGUUCCUGCUGCUGCUUGCCUCCCAGCAUAUUGUCACCACAGAACAAGACAGGCAAGACCGACAGGGCCCUCCACCGACCACUGUAGAGUGGAUGAUACUACCAUGGGUGCUGGGAUUUAUUUGGGCAGAGAUUAAACAAAUGUGGGACGGUGGUUUCCAGGACUACGUCCAUGACUGGUGGAACUUGAUGGACUUUGUCAUGAACUCUCUUUACCUGGCCACUAUAUCCCUCAAGAUUGUAGCCUACACCAAGUACAGUGGUACUAAACCCAGGAACCAGUGGGAAAUGUGGCACCCAACUUUAGUAGCUGAGGCAGUGUUUGCCAUUGCAAACAUAUUCAGUUCCCUGCGCCUCAUCUCCCUCUUCACCGCUAAUUCCCAUCUGGGGCCUCUGCAGAUCUCACUCGGCCGAAUGCUACUGGAUAUUCUGAAGUUCCUUUUUAUUUACUGUCUGGUUCUCCUGGCCUUCGCUAAUGGGCUUAACCAGCUGUACUUUUACUAUGAGACAAAAGCUUCAGAAGAGAAAGGAAAAUGCAAAGGGAUCCGCUGUGUAGAGCAGAACAAUGCUUUCUCCACGUUGUUUGAGACCCUACAAUCCCUUUUCUGGUCUAUCUUUGGACUAAUCAGCCUCUACGUAACUAAUGUGGAUCCAGACCACCAAUUUACUGAAUUUGUUGGUGCCACCAUGUUUGGGACAUACAACAUAAUUUCCCUGGUGGUGCUCCUCAACAUGCUGAUAGCCAUGAUGAAUAACUCUUACCAGCACAUUGCUGACCAUGCAGACAUUGAGUGGAAGUUCGCAAGAACAAAGUUGUGGAUGAGUUACUUUGAGGAGGGCGCCACGGUGCCUGCCCCUUUCAACAUUAUUCCAAGCCCCAAAACAUUCUGGUACCUCAUGUGUUGGCUCAAGAGACAAGUGUGUAAGAGGACUCGGUCCAAGAGAACCAAAAGCUUUGGAACUCUUGGAAGACGGGCUGCGGAAAACGUGAGGAUAAACCAUCAAUAUCAGGAGGUAUUGAGGAACCUGGUAAAACGUUAUGUGGCUGCAAUGAUCAGAGAUGCUAAGACAGAAGAGGGCCUGACUGAAGACAACUUCAAGGAGUUGAAACAAGAUAUUUCCAGCUUCCGCUAUGAGGUGAUGGGCAUGAUGAAGAUGGGAAAGCCUGCUCUACAGGGCGCGAUGGCCAGUUCCAGUUCAGUGGAAUCCAGUCUUGCUUAUCCAAAUUCCUCGCUCAAAAUUUCCCCUGGCCUUCCAGCCAGCCAGGCAAAAAGCAAGCUCAACCGAUUCAAGAUCACUGCAUCCAUCCUCAAACAAACCAGCUCUCUUGCUUCACCCAGGCCUCCUGAAGCAUCCAACGGUCUUCCUAAUGGACUCUUGGCAUCAGAUGAGGGUUGCAGUGAACCAUCAAGCCAGUGGAGAAACUGCUCCAAAGAUAUUAGUGACUUUAGUUUGUUUCAAAAACGCCACUGGAGUGGUAAAGAAGUCCCAUCAGGGUCAGGCGAGGUUCUGAGAGAGAUGUACUCUCUGUCAGAGGAGGCAGGAGAGUCAGGGGGUUCAGACACAGAAGAGGAGAGUAAGGAGGAUACAGCUAAGGCUGAAGAAGAACUGCUGGUGAAUAAAUCGGAUGAAGACUUUCCAGAGAAUAAAAAAGAGCUAAACAUUAACAGAAGCCUUGAAUGUGAAGAUAAACAACCUGAAGAAGAAAAAAAAUCUAACUCCACAAGAAAGGAACCAUGAUAUAUGAAGAUGCAUGAAGUGCCCUGCAAAAACAUUCCUGUCCUAUAGAUUAUUUCAUGUUGCAGUCACAAACCAACACCCAAUAAUUGUGAAGUGAUUAGCAUUUGUAUUUAGGUUCCUUUUUCUCUAAUACCCCUAUAAAAAAAUUUAGUGGAAAUAGCUGUCUUCAGACAUCAGCAUACUACAAAGUGUGGCGAUAUUCAGAGAACUAGCUGAGAGGAGCUGAAAAGAUCCACAGACAAGGUGUGAGAAUAAUUUGAUAGGAUAGCUAUUUGUCAUGCAAUUUACAAAUCUGGCCUUUAAGGAAAAGCAACAGGAACAAAACCAUUAUUGAGAAAAAGUAAUAAAAACUCCUAUUUAAGGUUUUGUAACAAGUCAUGCAGGGGACCCAGUAAACAUGUAUAAGUUUCUUUGGCCAAAUUAAAUCAAAACUGAACAUGCAUCAAUGGUUUUAUCAUUGUUGUGGUAUACCAUAUAAAUGGUCAAAAAAGAAAUAGAUGUUUGUGGUUGCAACAUAAAAUGUAAAUAAAUAUCAGGGAGCAUGAAUAUUUUUGCAAGACACUUAUAACUACAGGCCACACUGUUCUGAAGACAAAAGGACUGACAAUCAGGACAGGUUUUGGAACAGGAAUGUUUGCCAUGACUUUUACAGAGUACGUUCUCCAGCUGUUGUUAAACUAAUGAUUAGUUUGAUUGUUGGGGAUUUGGAACAGCUUUUAGAUUAAGUGAUUUAGAUCAGCAGAGAAAAUGCAGCAAAGGUGACCGAGGAUUAACGAGCCCGAUAUGAUCGUUUCAUCUUAUCUCUUCCUCAAAGAUGAUCGAAAAAUAAUUAUUCCCCAAAACACACUAUUCCCUUUUAAUCAUCCUUUAUUUUCCUUAUUCUUAUCAGAAAUGUGUAUUUUGUUCAAACUAUCCUGUUAACCAUGUCCUUAAAUAAUCUCUCUACCUCUUUUCCUUUUAUCUCUACACUCCUUUACCUCCCUGGAUCCUUAUCUCACUAGAGCAAUAGAUGUGCUGUUUUCAACCUGACUUUCUGCCUUACACUGUCUGUUUCUGCACUUUACACAAUUUAAAACGACAUUCAGUCUUUCACAGAUGUGUCAAGCUCUCAUCAUGAACAGAUUCUGUCAGUGUUUUUCUAUGCAAAAACCUUGGAUUGUUAUUCAUGUCAUUCUGACGGGGAAUAUUCUCUUAUGUAGAACAUAAAAAAUGUGAACAGAGCCUAUGAGCUAUUUCAGACUACACACUUUCCAUGUCUCAUCUCUUUAACAGAGAAGUAACUUGUUGUUUUUGAUAGGAUAUCUUUCUAAGAUGUGCUGUUAGUUAAAAUAAAUGGAAACCAUUUAAAAGAAAUCAGAAUAAAUUCAAAAUAAAAAUGAACAUAUAAAUAUUCUGAUUUUGUGACUUCAGUUGUUUUUUAUGUAUGUGUGCAGUUUUUCUCUUUGAGAAAUCUAACUUUUGUUUUCCUUUAAAUUAUCUUUAUUAUCCAACUCCUGCUGUUUAAAUCAUCUUACACUUUAAAACUGCAUACAUGUGGCUAUGUUUUAAUGGCAAUUUGUGGCAAUUUGGCAUUUUAGCUUUAGGAUCAACGAAGACAGAAAUGACUUUGAGCAAAGUCUCUAAAAUUGGAUUUUAGCAAACUACAAGUCAUUGGCACAAUUGUGUUGCUAAUUUUUUUAGCGUGAUGAAAAAGCCAGCAGAAAUCCCAGGUUGCAGUCACUUUUAAUGUAGACAAUAAAAUACUUCAAGUGUGUGGAAUUCUGCAGAUUUCUGCCAUAAACUGUUUAUGUGUUUUUUUCUGUUGCUUUCUGUAAUAAAUUGUUACUUUAUUUA